GUGCAGGUGCCGCUGCGCUGGGGCCGGGGAGGCUGCGCGCCGAGCCAAGCUGAGCCAGGGAGGGAUGGAGAGCGGGCAGCCCGGGUUGCAGAAGCACCGGCGCGGGUCGUAGGCGGGCGAGAUACGGGCGCUCGGGCACGAGAAGUGUGCGGGUGCGAGAGCACUUUGAGAUAGGAUGAGGCUCUUGGCUGGCGCGGUAGUACUAUGAUUUGGUAUGUGGCCACUUUGAUAGCAAGUGUGAUCAGCACCCGAGGUCUUGCGGCUCAAGGUGCCCACGGCCUGCGAGAGGAGCCCGAGUUUGUGACUGCAAGAGCUGGCGAGGGCGUGGUCCUGCGAUGCGAUGUGAUCCACCCGGUGACAGGACAGCCCCCGCCCUAUGUUGUAGAGUGGUUCAAGUUUGGGGUCCCCAUUCCUAUCUUCAUCAAGUUUGGCUACUACCCGCCCCACGUGGACCCUGAGUAUGCAGGCCGGGCCAGUCUUCAUGAUAAAGCAUCCCUGCGGUUGGAGCAGGUGCGCUCUGAGGAUCAGGGCUGGUACGAGUGCAAAGUGCUCAUGCUGGACCAGCAGUAUGACACCUUCCACAACGGCAGCUGGGUCCAUCUCACCAUCAACGCCCCUCCCACCUUUACAGAAACACCCCCCCAGUACAUCGAGGCCAAGGAGGGUGGCAGUAUUACCAUGACCUGCACAGCUUUUGGGAACCCCAAGCCCAUCGUCACCUGGCUCAAGGAGGGAACGCUCCUCGGUGCUAGUGGGAAGUACCAGGUGAGUGACGGCAGCCUGACGGUGACAUCAGUCAGUCGUGAGGACAGAGGCGCCUAUACCUGUCGAGCAUACAGUAUCCAGGGGGAGGCUAUGCACACAACCCACCUGCUGGUACAAGGGCCUCCUUUUAUUGUUUCCCCUCCUGAGAACAUCACCGUCAACAUCUCCCAGGAUGCUCUGCUCACCUGCAGGGCAGAGGCGUAUCCCGGCAAUCUCACCUACACCUGGUACUGGCAGGAUGAGAAUGUCUACUUCCAGAACGACCUGAAGCUGAGGGUGCGCAUCCUAAUUGAUGGGACGCUGAUCAUCUUCCGGGUGAAGCCAGAGGAUGCUGGGAAGUACACCUGCGUUCCUAGCAACAGCCUGGGGCGCUCCCCCUCUGCCUCGGCUUACCUGACUGUGCAGUACCCAGCCCGUGUCCUCAACAUGCCCCCUGUAAUUUAUGUGCCCGUGGGAAUCCAUGGCUAUAUCCGCUGCCCUGUGGAUGCAGAGCCACCAGCCACCGUGGUGAAGUGGAACAAGGACGGCCGCCCCCUGCAGGUGGAGAAGAACCUGGGUUGGACCUUGAUGGAGGAUGGCUCUAUCCGAAUUGAGGAGGCCACAGAAGAGGCUCUUGGCACUUACACCUGUGUGCCUUACAAUACCUUGGGGACCAUGGGCCAGUCUGCACCUGCACGGCUUGUCCUGAAGGAUCCCCCGUAUUUCACGGUGCUACCAGGUUGGGAGUAUAGGCAGGAGGCUGGCCGGGAGCUGCUCAUCCCCUGUGCAGCUGCAGGGGACCCCUUCCCUGUCAUCACUUGGAGAAAGGUAGGGAAGCCCAGCAGAAGCAAGCACAGUGCCCUGCCCAGCGGGAGUCUCCAAUUUCGUGCUCUGAGUAAGGAGGACCACGGGGAAUGGGAAUGUGUUGCCACUAAUGUGGUCACAAGCAUCACUGCCAGCACCCACCUCACUGUCAUUGGCACCAGCCCCCAUGCCCCGGGCAGUGUCCGGGUCCAGGUCUCCAUGACAACUGCCAACGUGUCCUGGGAACCAGGCUAUGAUGGAGGCUACGAGCAGACAUUCUCAGUUUGGUACGGACCUCUGAUGAAGCGGGCACAGUUUGGGCCCCAUGACUGGCUGUCCUUGUCAGUGCCACCGGGCCCUAACUGGUUGCUGGUGGACACCCUGGAGCCUGAGACUGCAUACCAGUUCAGUGUCCUGGCCCAGAACAAGCUGGGAACCAGCGCCUUCAGUGAGGUGGUCACUGUGAACACUUUAGCAUUCCCUAUUACAACUCCAGAACCCCUGGUGCUGGUUACCCCACCAAGGUGCCUCACAGCCAAUCGGACCCAGCAGGGUGUGCUCCUGUCCUGGCUCCCACCUGCCAAUCACAGCUUCCCUAUUGAUCGCUAUAUCAUGGAAUUCCGAGUCGGGGAGCGCUGGGAGAUGCUAGAUGAUGCCAUUCCAGGCACUGAUGGAGAUUUCUUUGCCAAGGAUCUAUCACAGGACACCUGGUAUGAGUUCCGGGUUCUGGCUGUCAUGCAGGAUCUGAUCAGUGAGCCCAGCAACAUCGCCGGAGUCUCCAGCACAGACAUCUUCCCACAGCCGGACCUGACUGAUGAUGGGCUGGCCCGGCCUGUAUUGGCUGGAAUUGUUGCUACCAUUUGCUUCUUGGCAGCUGCCAUCUUGUUCAGCACUCUGGCUGCUUGCUUUGUCAACAAGCAGCGCAAGCGCAAGCUCAAGCGAAAAAAAGACCCUCCGCUCUCCAUCACUCACUGCAGGAAGAGUCUUGAGUCUCCCUUGUCCUCUGGCAAGGUGAGUCCGGAGAGCAUCCGCACACUUCGUGCUCCAUCUGAGUCCUCCGAUGACCAGGGCCAGCCCGCAGCCAAGAGGAUGCUGAGUCCCACACGGGAGAAGGAGCUGUCCUUAUACAAAAAGACCAAGAGGGCCAUCAGCAGCAAGAAGUACAGUGUGGCCAAGGCUGAGGCAGAGGCUGAGGCCACGACCCCCAUCGAGUUGAUCAGCAGAGGCCCUGAUGGCCGCUUUGUAAUGGAUCCCUCUGAGAUAGAGCCUUCCAUGAAAAGCAGACGCAUUGAGGGCUUCCCCUUUGCAGAAGAGACAGACAUGUACCCUGAGUUCCGUCAGUCUGACGAGGAGAAUGAGGACCCGCUGGUGCCCACAUCUGUGGCUGCCCUGAAGUCCCAGCUGACUCCCUUGUCUUCCAGCCAGGAGUCCUACCUGCCACCACCAGCAUAUAGCCCUCGGUUCCAGCCCCGUGGGCUGGAGGGCCCCAGUGGCCUGGGAGGUCGACUCCAGGCCACCGGCCAAACCAGGCCCCCUGCCCCCCGGCCCUUCCACCAUGGCCAGUAUUAUGGGUAUCUGAGCAGCAGCAGCCCUGGGGAGGUGGAACCGCCACCCUUCUACAUGCCAGAAGUGGGCAGCCCCCUGAGCUCAGUCAUGUCGUCCCCACCCCUGCACACAGAGGGGCCAUUUAGUCACCCAACCAUCCCUGAGGAAAAUGGAGAGAAUGCUUCUAACAGCACGCUGCCCUUGACUCAAACCCCUACGGGAGGGCGCUCCCCUGAGCCCUGGGGCCGGCCAGAAUUCCCCUUUGGGGGGCUGGAUACCCCAGCCAUGAUGUUCCCCCACCAGCUGCACCCCUGUGAUGUGGCCGAGAGUCUGCAGCCCAAGGCCUGCCUGCCCCGAGGACUGCCCCCCUCCUCCCUUCAGGUGCCCGCAGCCUACCCAGGCAUCCUGUCUCUGGAGGCACCAAAGGGUUGGGCAGGCAAGUCACCAGGCAGGGGCCCUGUCCCAGUGCCGCCCGCCGCCAAGUGGCAGGACAGACCUAUGCAACCUCUGGUGAGCCAAGGGCAGCUAAGACAUACCAGCCAAGGUAUGGGCAUACCCGUGUUGCCUUACCCCGAGCCAGCUGAGCCCGGGGGGCACGGCAGCCCCAGCACAUUUGGCCUGGACACCCGGUGGUAUGAGCCCCGGCCUCGGCCCAGCCCCCGGCAGGCCCGGCGCACCGAGCCCAGUUUACAUCAAGUGGUGCUACAGCCUUCCCGGCUCUCACCUCUGACCCAAAGUCCCCUCAGCUCCCGCACUGGCUCUCCAGAGCUCGCCGCCCGUGCCCGGCCUCGCCCGGGCCUCCUACAGCAGGCAGAGAUGUCGGAGAUCACCUUGCAGCCUCCAGCUGCAGUCAGCUUCUCUCGAAAGUCCACGCCAUCCACGGGCUCCCCUUCCCAGAGCAGUCGCAGUGGGAGCCCCAGCUACCGGCCCGCCAUGGGCUUCACCACUCUGGCCACAGGCUACCCCUCCCCACCGCCGGGCCCUGCCCCUGCGGCACCUGGGGACAACUUGGAUGUGUUUGGACAGACACCUUCCCCUCGGAGGAUGGGGGAGGAGUUGCUCCGACCAGAGCCCCCAACAACAUUACCUACUUCAGGAACACUUCCACCUGCGUCGGGGAAUGCUGCUGCACCUGAGAGGCUGGAGGCUCUGAAAUACCAACGGAUAAAGAAGCCCAAAAAGUCAUCCAAGGGCUCUUCGAAGUCAAAGAAACGAUCCGACGGUUCUGCCUCCCAGGCUCAGCAGCUUCCCAACUCUCAGGUUCUGUGGCCCGACGAAGCUGUCUGCCUCCGAAAGAAGAAGAGACACUCUCGUCCUGACCCUUUUGCCCGGCUCUCAGACUUGUGCCACCGCCAGCUUCCAGAAGACCAGACAGCAAUCCUCAACAGUGUGGAUCAUGAUGACCCAGGCCAUGCCACUCUGCUAUGACUCCACACCACUCUAAGUGUCCCAGGGCAGGGUCCUGGGCUGUGGGGGCAGGGAGGGACCUCAUGUGGGGCCUCAUCCUCUGUCCACCAACACAUGGCUCAGACCUUUGUCCUGUGUGCCCUCUCUCCUGCCAGAGUGGGAGUCUUCCCCCAGAUCCUGGCCAGUUGGUCUUGUCCACAGGACAGAGGGCUGGGGCAGACUUUCUGCCUGUGGGUCAAAGUCAGGGAGCAAGCUGGGGACAGAAGGGCAUCUGUCUCCACCCACCUCUCCCUUGAUUUUUCUCGCUUCUUCAAUGUCUUUGAAAGUGAAGAAGAGGAAAACAAUGGCUUUUACUGCUCUCUGCUUCUGUUUUAGUUUUUUUGAGUGCUGGGAGAUGGCUAGACUUCCAUACAUCUUUCAAAUUCCACAUAUAUAUAGAUAUAGAUACAAAUGCACAUGUAUGUAGUUGGUGGGUUUCUCUAUGUGUAUAUAUAUGUACAUUGAAGCAAAAUGCUGUUUCUUUCUGUGGUCAAUGAAAGAAGGAGGAGGGCAGUGGACAGCUGGGGUUUGUGAGCAGGGUUGGCUGUGAGCUGGCUGGGUGCCCUCAUGUCUGUCUCGAGGGAUUAUUCUUGCUGAAACAGGAUUCAUGUCUCUCAGCUAAAUUUACCAUUGUUCUCUCUAACUUGCCCCAACCAGAACAGAAAUGGGGCCCUGCCAUGAUUGCCAGCUGCCUGCUUUGCAGGUUUAGCAAACCGUUACCACUGAAAUAAACACAAGCCUUUCUUGCUUGGUUGCCAGGUGAAGAAAGGGUGGCCAGGCACAAGGCCAGACUGGCAUCUUCUUACCUUCCACAGUUUGGCCCAUGUGACAGAAGUAGAUGCUGCUUUGCAAUGGCAGGCCCUGGUGCACAAACCCGAGCUCACACAAUCAUGCAUCAGCUGUUCCUUUUGGUCUAGCCAGGGCCAGGAGCCCUGCGGCCUAAGGUUCUCUCAUUCUGGGGCCACCUGUGCAGAGCACCAAGCUGCCUCAGCUCUAUUUAUAUCACUCUCCAGCUCUGCACUCUCUGGAGUGUUGCUCCAUGGUGGCUGAUUGGCUCCUCCUUUCCUAUUGUAGGAGCUAAUUCUCCAGAUUGAUUAAUUGCCACUUGUGUAGUGCUGCCUGCGGCUCCUUUGCAUACUUGCCACUUGUUUCCUGCAAUCUCUGCUUUACCCUGGGGUCCCCCUCCACCCUGGGGACCCAAGCUCUAGUAGCAUAUCCUGAGGAUGCCUCAGAUAACUGUGUUCUGGGGUACUCUUUUCCAAGUACUCUUGAAUAAAGCUUUUUGAGGCACAGGAAUGGAGGUGAAACAGGGAGUAGGCAGGGAUGUGCACCUUGGUCCUUCCUCUACCAAAAUCUUAUCAUAGUUCAAACUAGCACCCAGAAGCUCUUUUGAGGCUAUCUUCCUACUCAGAUACCUCUUUCUCUUUCCAUGAGAUAACGGUGCUGCCCAAGAACAGAACAGAAGACCAAGAAUGGGGCAGAGAGAGGAACUGUUUUCACUCUCCCCUCUUCUUGUAUAGGAGGCUACCCUUUUGGCCUGGCCUAGAAUAAUGGAAAUUGCUAGGAACCUUGAAGUAUUUCCUUCUUGGUGCUAUUGUCUUGGUAGGUGUGGGGACAUUCACUUCUUCCCCAGUGGCCUGCCUGGACAUUGACCAAGUAAGUCAGAGCACUAGAAGGCUUCUGCUCGUCUCAUUGCAGUUGCCAAUGGCUCGGCCCAAUGACCUAGGCAAGACAUGGCCUCUGAGGGCUGGGAAGCUGGUCCUUUGUUGGAGCUUCCACUUUGGGGGAUGGAAUUUGCCUCUGUCAGCUAGGCCCUGGUGCUUCCUACUCUUUCCUAGUGAACUGGGGACCAACCCUUGAGGCUCUGCCAUGUGAGCUACACCACAGCUACAGAUCAUUUAUGGACAAGGGUGAAGAAUGUGCAGCAGAUGGUGUUGUAUUGCUCUGGGACCUGGACCCUCAGCUAAUGCAUUCUGUGGGGCAUUGGAGUCCACUUGACUACUGGGCAGCAUCUCUAGCAAACUGGAAAAGUAGAGUUGUGUGCCUCUUUGCGUUUUUUUUUCAGAGGUGGUGCUACCACUGCCACUGUGCCACAUGGGCUGCUAACUAGAGCAUCUCUCCCAGGAUGUGUGGGGAGCAGACCUACCUGAAAUAUCAGUGUGGAAUGUGGGGGCUUACAGCAGGUCAGUCUGUAGUCUUUGUCCCACCAGGCUGGCCAGCCAAGGUCCUGCAAUGGAAGGUGAUUGCCAUGCAUCAGGUCUGGAGAACUAUGGGAUAAAUUAGGCCAACUUCUUAGCACCCUCCUGGGACUUCUAGUCCCUGAGGCCAUCUGGGCCUUGAGGUUAGAAAAGAAGAGGAGAAGCUGGUAUAGAAGGCUUUGCUUCUUUAGGAUGUUAUACAGGGCCAAGAGCCCAAUGCUGUGGGCUGAGGUGUCUCUGCCUACAACUGGGCUUUCCAGGGGUCCUGUGCCAACAAAGGUGCUGACUCCCUUCUUUUCUUGCCUCUGCCAGUGCCCUUUACCUCAGCAUAUCAGACCAAAUGGUGGGAGCUGUGUUUUCUGCUGGCCACUAGGUGGCAGCUGUGCUGUGGUGUCCUCAGGGCAGGGAAAAGACCCAAGGCCUACCUAUUUCUCAGUGGCCUUGGACUCAUUCUCCUUCCAAUGGAGGCUUCCUUCUUGUGACAGUGUCCUUGGAGGCCAUCAGCCUUCCUGCAUCCCUGGGAGCUAUUUUAGUCUUUACUUGAAGGACUGCAAAGGAAAUUGACAAAAUAUGGUCCUCUCUGUGUCCAUGGGGUGGAUGGCCAAGGUGUCACACUACAUGCUGGGUAUGGGCACAUGUGUAAUAGUCCAGUUGGGAACACAUGGAUGCUGGGGGUGUUUCCACUUUUGGGAACCAAUGCUCUUUGCACUCUGCCUUUGAACACAGCAAUGACCACUCUUAAGUUUUCUAGUACUUUCCCCCUCCACUCUGUGGGAGAUCACAUGUCUUCCAAACCCCUUUAGGAUCUGGUAGCCUCUCAGUAGAAGUAACUCAGAUAAAAACCUAUUCCUGUAGCUCAGAUUUUUGUCGGCCUCUUCUUUCUGCAUCUUGACUGGCAACAGUGGCUGUUUCACCAUUUGGUGAUCCGCAGAGCAGGAAGAGGAUAAAGUGGCUCUUUAAGAGACAUGAGAGACUGCAAUUUGUUUUAGGGAAAGCGAGCAAUAAGAAGGAGAAGGUGGAUCCUGUUUCUUGGUUUGAUUGAUGGCCACCAGUGGAAUCUGGUGUGGAUUGUCAGUGUGGCCCCAGCAACUGGGAGUGGACCCUGCCUGUUGGCCAACUUAUCUUCAUAGCAACUUCCCUUGAGAGACUGGGGAUGGGAGAGGCCUUCUCAGAUUCUACUUUCUCAACAGGAAGGAUGCCUUUAUUCCAAAGGGCUGACAGGGUCUGCACCCUUCUAUGAGGAAGGGUUUGGGUCACAUGAUCAUGUCCUUGGGGGAAGGAUCCAGAGGGGUGGAUAGGGGUAAGUACUUGUUGAUCUUUUUCCAUGUACUCUGUCAUUAUUUUUGAUUUGCAAUCUAAAAUAUUUGGGGUUGAACAGAUUUCAGUUAUUUAUUCUCCUGCUAUUUUCGUGCAUAAGAUACUCAGUAAGGUAAAUUCAGAUGUGGAAUUUUCUUUUUUUUCCUACAAGGUUGACAAACAGUAGCUUCAGGAGAGAAACAGAUGUCACAGAGCAUCAUGGUAUCUUUGCUACUGCCUAGAAUUUGAAUCCAGAGCUGAGAUGUCUGUGGCUGGGGCUGUUUCUUUCAGUUUUGUUAGCAAAAGCCUUUUGGGGUUCGGGGGUGGGCUGAGGGAAGAAUUGUAGUUAAGUACAUUUUAUCAAUAUGUAGAAAACCCUAGGAAAAGAAAAGCUAAUGGUUACUCUUGGGCUUGCUUUGCUUGCAUGUAAAGGAGCUUUGGGGGCACGGCAGGGAUUUGGGGGGAGCAGUGGGAAGAAGUCAAAGGGCAGUGAUGACUGGGAACAUAGGGAAGCUCUUGGAUGCUCUCAGUGAGAACCAUGAGCAUUGCCAGUAGUGCUCCUGGGGUCAGUCCUACCUUUUGUGUCUUCUCCAAAAUAAAGUCAGAAGCAAACUCCAGUAAGACAGAGAUUCAGAGCCCUACAUGGCUGCAUUUGUGGAGUAUUUGGGAGGUGUUUUGAUGAUCAGUUCUAUGCUGAGUAUGGUAAUGAUGGUGCAGGGGGACUCUAGGAAGGGUAGUUGGAGAGGUGGAGUAUGGAGAAGAAACCCUGAUCCUUUGCCAGGUAUAUGUGAGGCUGGAAGGAAACAGAAUGUUAGAUUAGUCUGGAAGUAGGGAGUGAGGAUCCAGGGAUUGUAAACCCCAAAGCAGGGGACAUCGAGCCUUACCAUUCUCUUUGGGGCAUGUGAUAACUUAGUUACAAAUAAUAGAGUAGUGUACACAUUCCAAGAAAAAACAGUGCCUGCCUGGUAGGGGACAGGCUGAGGAGUGGUAGCAGUGAAGAGCCCGAGAGGCAGGAUCAGUGGGGGAGGGGGAUUAGCCACUGAGAGCAGAUUGUGGGUAGGGGCUGGCACGCAGGCUCAGACUGGGUCUUGCUCUUAGCUGAACUUCAUUGCUUCUUCCAAAAUUAGCCUCUAACACUAAGUGCCCAUGUAUGAACAUCUUCACCAUCUACUUCAGCUUUAUCUGUUGGUUUUCAGGUUUCCUCAGGUCUAAAGCUAGGAGGGUUCCUUGAAAUGCUCCUUCUAUCACUAGCUCUUGGUCAGCAGAGAAGGAAGGAUCCUUUUUAUGAGCUUUGUGUGUUUGCUCUCAUAAGAAGUGGUCGGUUGCUUUUCCUCCUCAUUCAUUAUUUAAAAAUGUUCACAAGACUUUGGAGAUGACGGUAGAAGAGGAAUGGGGCCUGGCAUCCAUAUUUGUCAUCCUUUCUUCUUGAGGUCUAGGAAAUUACUUCAGGUCACGAAGCUACACAGUGGCUUCAUGCCUAGUCUUCACUUUGUCUUUUGAUAAGUUAAAAAGUCACUAGUUUGGCUGAGGUGAGUAGAUGAGAAUGUUUCACCCUGUAAUCAGAGACCAGCCAAUCUUCUCUCCUCCUUAAUGUCUCCAACUCUGCUUCCUUUUGGAUCAAGAGGCAGAAUUUAAAAUCUCUUCUUUAGAAGAAAUCUAUAAACCAAGGAUCAAAGCCCAGAUUGGAAUUUAGCAUUCAUACCAACUUAAAGUUUAAAUAGGGGUGUCUCUUACUACCCCCUCCCUCUGACCCAUAGUGAAUCUGCACAGGUCCAGAGCCUUAUUUCUGGACCCCUAUCUAUACUUUCAAAUAAGUCUUUCAGGAAUAAAUAAAACAUCCCCACCAGAUGUUUUGUGCAUUUAAUUGUGGAGAAGGUAAUUUUUUUCAUGAUCUUUUUUUAAGUAGAUAGAAAAAUUCCCCAUAAAUUAAGCCUGGACCAAAGCAAUCCAUAGUUCUGUGUAGGAUAAGGAAAAUUAAGCAUUAGUGAAAUAUUGUUAAUGGCUGGCAUGGCUUAGGGGAAGAAGAGUCAGGAUAUCUCAAUCACUAAGUACUUUGGUAGAAUAGCAAAUGGUCAUUGAAAUCACUUGGACAUUCUCUUCUGUAGUGGGUCAGUGGCAGUAGUUGGGAUUCUGAAGAGAGCUGAUGACAUAGUUGUCUGACUUGGACCACUUGCUGGGAAAGCUAGUUUGAGAAAUUCAACUAGUAUGGUACAAUUUCUCAGGUCCCAUCCUUGGUCUUUUGGUUGUCUACCUUUUUCAUCCUACUUAAUGGUGACAUGAAUGACUAUCCAGCCUGUUUUUCUUCAGGGUCUUGAAGAAAUGUUCCCUACCAAUCCCAUCUCCUCCUGGUACUAGGUUUCUUGGAUUUAUUUUAGGAACUAGGGCAAACUGUCCCUCUCUACCUCUUAUACACAUCAAUUAGGUUCCCUUUCCUUCUGUCCCCCACUUCUAUGUGGCUCCAGGGAUCUUGAAAUUGUGCAUGGUUUAUGAUAGG